ACUGGCCUUCAGCCUGCAAAGAGCCGUGGCUUCAUUUAUGGUCGGCGCUUUGCAAAUUACGUGAAGCAUCGUAUUCCUGGCUCUCGUACCAUACUGUUCUACAAACCGGGGAAGUAAGGCCCAGAAAUUGGAAGCAGUUACUGCAGAAUAUCAAAAAACUGAAGCAAGUUAUUAAUCGAACCUCGGAGCACAGAGACAAGCACAAAGCAGCUGGAAGCCAGAGCAUGUGCGCAGCUCCGCCCCUCUCUUGGCGAAGCAACUAGGCUUGAUCCUUCCCGCGACCGGUCGCGCGGUGGAGCAAGCGCGGAAGGCUUGGCGGGCGGUGCGUAGCUAUGGAACCGGACGGGACCUAUGAGCCGGGUUUCGUGGGUAUUCGAUUCUGCCAGGAAUGUAACAACAUGCUUUACCCCAAGGAGGACAAGGAGAACCGCAUUCUGCUCUACGCGUGCCGGAAUUGUGAUUACCAGCAGGAAGCCGACAACAGCUGCAUCUACGUCAACAAAAUCACGCACGAAGUGGACGAACUGACCCAGAUCAUCGCUGACGUGUCCCAGGACCCCACGUUGCCGCGGACCGAGGACCACCCGUGCCAAAAGUGUGGCCACAAGGAGGCGGUGUUCUUCCAGUCACAUAGUGCCCGUGCCGAGGACGCCAUGCGCCUGUACUAUGUGUGCACGGCCCCACACUGUGGCCACCGCUGGACGGAGUGAAUCAUCCUUUCCCACGUGUAAUAAAUACUGUGUUCUGUGCGUGCA